AUGAUUGGUUUUGAUGAUGUCUUGUUGCAAAUGUUGGACAAGAUCACUAGAGGAGAACCCGAUCUCCAAAUUCUUCCGAUUGUUGGAAUGGGUGGGAUAGGCAAGACCACUCUUGCUCAAAAUAUCUAUGUAAGUCCACUUGUCCGGAAACAUUUCGAUGUUUGUGCAUGGUCUACUAUUUCUCAAGUGUAUAAUGCAGAAGAAAUUCUCAGACAAGUUAUUGAACAAGUACAAGUUCUUGAUCUAGUAGACAGUGAUGUGAAUAGGGUGAAUGCCAGGAGACAUAUAAGUGAAGAUGAUUUAGAAUUACAGUUGCACCAAUAUUUGAUAGGAAGGAGGUAUUUUAUUGUGAUGGAUGAUAUGUGGAAUAUUAAGGCUCGGGAUCAAGUUAGGAGAUUCUUCCAGGAUAACAGAGAUGGGAGUAGAAUAUUAGUGACUACAAGACUAUCAAACUUGGCAUAUCUAUUCAACUAUUCGAUUGGUCUUGAUAUGAAAAUUUUGGAUGAUUAUGCUAGUUGGAACCUAUUUUCCAAAAUUGUGUUUGGGGAUGAAAGUUGCCCUCAUGAGUUGGAGAAUAUUGGAAAGAAGAUUGUGAAAGGUUGUAGAGGACUUCCACUGUCAGUUAAUGUAAUAGGGGGACUCUUGUCCAUGUCUGAAAAAACAGAAGAAAAUUGGGGAUAUAUUGAAAAAAAAAUUUAA